AUGGCGAAGCCAUCGAGCCCGGUUGCUCUUGUAGUUGGGGCUUCCCGUGGGAUCGGGCGUCAGAUAGCCAUAGACCUUGCGAGACAUGGAUAUCGAGUGGUUGUGGCAGCUAAGACUGUCAGUGAUGCCACCAAACAAGCUACCCCUUUCCCGCCCGAUCCCAACUCCAAUGAAUCGACCAUCACUACCGUCGUUCGCGAAAUCAAGGAGGCUGGCGGAGAAGCUGUAGCCUUUCAGGUUGAUACAAGAGACCCCGAGUCUGUCAGGAACAUGGUUGAUUUCACAUCGAAGCACUAUGGUUCUUUGGAUGUCAUUAUUUAUAAUUCCGGUGCAGUAUGGUGGUCGUCCGUGGAGAAGACGUCGAUGAAACGGUUCAAGUUACUUCAAGAUGUGAAUAUCAAUGGUCUCUACGCGACCAUACAAGCUGCAAUGCCUCACUGGCAACAGAACGAGUGGAAAGGGCGAAUCAUUGUGGUUAGCCCGCCCAUCUAUUCGCGCUUCUUCCGAGGCAAGACAGCAUACGCCGCUGUCAAGGUCGGCAUGUCUGUGCUCACGAAGGGGCUUGCAAUGGACUGGAAGCGAGAGGGCAAAUCGAAUAUGGCCAUCUCGUCGAUAUGGCCUGCAGUGGGGAUUCAAUCAGCUGCGACGCCAGACGCCAGGCUUCUGCCUGACCUUAGAAAGGCUACAAUAUUCUCCGAUGCCAUUUUGGAGAUGCUUCGAGCUCCAGCUGAUGAGAUCAACGGCCGUCUAGAAGUAGACGAGGAUUUUCUGCGUACGAGAGGUGUCCAGGAUUUUUCCAAAUACAGCGUAGUCCCUGGAUCGACGCCAAGAAGGAUGCUACCUGUCCAGUUUCCAGAUCUACGAGUGGCCGAGGAGGAGGAUGAAGGAAUGCUCAUGGACAGCACGGAUGCUCGACAUCGGAAACACAAGCUCUAA